GUGAAAAGCCCCUGCUAAUGGCGUCCUGCAGUGCCGCCCUGACAUAACUAGCGCCCUUCACUGGCACUGUCUGUUCAGCUAGAACUUUUUGCAGGUUGUCAAAAGGUAGUUUGCAGGUAUGUAAUACGCUUGGGAGGGGAAGCAAAGGAUGCUGGCAUUGCUUCGCGCAAGGAGUUGAGUAUGUAGGAGACAAAUAUCCAGCUCUUAAGCAGUGUUGAGUUCCUCGAGUCUUGUCACAAUGGCGCAGUCGCUCCGAAUGACAGAGCAAUGCUUUCAGCUGCUCGCCAAGCUUCCGAAAGCUCCAGCUACUCUUAUGAGGAGUUGUCUGCCCGCACCGAUUGGAUGUUCUACUGAAAGUUGCAUAGUGUCCCCAAGGCACCUCGUUUCUGCAAAGCAGCUGAGCACCACAGGGGACGCACUGCAAUGUCUGCGCCGCCAGCAGCGUUUCUCAAAAAUCCCACGCCAGGAUUUGCCACAUUUGGGGGGCAUAAAGCGAGCGACUUACGCGCAGCUUGCGGUUGCAACUGAGCUGGCGGCCUCACCAGCUGAGACAGCGACCAAGGGGGAAAGUGUAUUGCUGGACGUGACAGGCAUGAUGUGCGGCGGCUGCGCAGCGUCGGUUCGGCGCACACUGGCCAGCGACACGAGGGUCGCCUCUGCGGCUGUGAACCUGCUGACACACACAGCGGCAGUGCAGUUGCGUCCCGGGCUCGCUUUAGAAACAGGCCAGGCCCUAGCGGAAGCGCUGUCCAAGAGUGGCUUCUCCACGUCCGUCCGGCAGUUUGGCGACGCACUUGCCGCGACCAACCAGCGGGAAGCCCUGGCCAGGCAGCGUGAGGAGAGUCUGCGUGACACCACGGUGCAGCUGGGGGUGGCGUGGGGCCUGGUGGCAGUCUGCCUGGCACACCACACAGGGCACCUGCUGCAUGGGCUGGGGUUCCACCAGUUUGCACAUGGUUCCUUCCUCUCCUUCUUGGGGGUGCCUUCUGUCCAGUGCGCUAUUGCCAUUGCGGCGCUAGUGGGACCAGGCCGACCCCUGGUUGUGGAUGGCGCCAAAGCCCUGCUCCGUGGCUCACCCAACAUGAACACGCUGGUCAGCAUUGGGGCCGCGUCCGCGUUUGCCAUCAGUGCCGCAUCCCUGGCCCUGCCUGACCUUGGUUGGGAAGCGUCCUUCUUUGAGGAGCCAGUGAUGCUGCUCGGCUUCGUGUUGCUCGGAAGAACGCUCGAAGCCCGCGCCCGUGCCAAAGCGGCCACCGACGUGCAGGCCCUGGCGUCCCUGCUGCCCGCAAAAGCUCGCCUGGUGCUCGGGGACAGCGCGGCCGACCGAGUGAAGGAGAACGGGGGUGCCGAGCCGCUGUUUAGUGUAGAGGUCCCCACCCAGCAAGUGCGCCCGGGGGACCGUGUGCUCGUGCUGCCAGGGGAGUCGCUCCCUGUAGAUGGGCGAGUGGUCGGCGGACGCAGUGCGGUGGACGAGUCCAUGCUCACAGGGGAGCCGCUGCCCGUGCCGAAAGAGGAGGGAGCGGCGGUGUCCGCAGGGACGAUCAACUGGGAGGGCCCCCUCACGGUUGAGGCUGUGGCGACGGGCGCGCACAGCGUGUUGGCGGGCAUCACACGGCUCGUUGAGGAGGCGCAGGCGCGCGAGGCGCCAGUGCAGCGGCUGGCGGACCGCAUCUCGGGGCCGUUCGUGUUCAGCGUCAUGGGCCUCUCGGCGGCCACGUUUGCAUUCUGGUACGGUCUGGGGACCAGCCUGUUUCCGGAAGUUUUGUACAGUGAUGCUGCGGGCCCGGACGGGAGCGCUCUCCUGCUGAGCCUCAAGCUGGCCAUCGACGUACUGGUGGUGGCGUGUCCGUGCGCCUUGGGCCUGGCCACUCCGACUGCCGUGCUGGUGGGGACGUCGCUGGGCGCCCGGCGGGGGCUGCUGCUGCGGGGAGGGGACGCCCUGGAAACGACCGCCAAAGUAGACACCGUCGUGUUUGAUAAGACGGGUACUCUGACGGAAGGCAAGACCAGCGUUGCCUCCGUCGCCACCCGGGGCGACAUCCCCCGGGCAGAGCUCCUCCGCCUUGCAGCUGCCGUCGAGUCCACAACCCGCCAUCCGGUCGCCACGGCGAUCGUCAACCGGGCGCAGUCGGAGGGCCUCUCCACCUCCGCCUCAGCGGUCGAAGACGCGCGCACAGAGCCAGGCAAAGGGGCGUCGGGGCUAGUCUCCGGGCUACGAGUUGCGGUCGGGGCGUUUGACUGGGUCGCGGAGGUAGUGGGCUCGGAGGGAGUGCCCCGGGGAGUGGAGCACGAGUUGCGGGAUCGGGCGGAGAAGGGGAUCGAGGACGCGGCCGGCAGUCGCACGGUGGUCUUCGUGGGCGUCGAGGGGCGCGGCGUGGUGGGAGCAGUUGGGGUCGUGGACGCCGUCCGGAAAGAUGCUGCGGCGACUGUCCGACGAUUGCAAGAGCUGGGGGUGCGGACCCUGAUCAUGUCCGGUGACAGGCGGGAGAGCGUCCGCUCUGUGGCGCAGCGGAUCGGGAUUGCGGAGGCUGACGUCUAUGCGGAGCUGCGGCCAGAAGACAAGCAGCGGCUCGUGGGCGCACUCAGGGACGAAAAGGCGGUCGUGGCUAUGGUGGGUGACGGCGUGAAUGACGCGCCUGCCCUGGCAGCCGCUGACGUGGGCAUUGCGUUGCGGGGUGGGACGGACGCAGCGGAGGAAGCUGCGUCGGUCAUCCUGAUGGGGAACAGGCUGGGCCAGGUUGGGGAGGCGGUGGCCCUCGGUCGGGCCACGUUCAACAAGAUCAAGCAGAACUUGUUUUGGGCCCUCGCGUACAACGCAGUGGGCAUACCGCUAGCAGCGGGGGCUCUGCUACCGGCCUAUGACAUUUCGUUAACCCCCUCAGUUGCUGGCGCCAUGAUGGCUUUUAGUUCAGUUGCAGUCGUAACGAAUUCCUUGCUACUACGAGUUGGUAAAAUUGCGUCAGAAGAAGCACCCGGGCGGACGGAAGAUGUGCCAAGGACAGCUUGA